UUUUAUUUUGAAAUGUCUUGCUGUUUGAGUUUCGGAGGGUUGAAAUUCUGGCUUCACUGAGUUAGGAGCUACAUCAGCAGAAAUGGAGAAUCGCUUUACUAAAGGGAAAUCCGCCAUCUUGGAGAUGCCCCUAGCCCGAGUAAAGACAGAGGUGAGCGUGAGUGCGUUUGCGCUACUCUUCUCGGAGAUGGUGCAGUACUGCCAGAGUCGUGUGUACUCCGUGGCCGAGCUGCAGGGACGACUAGCCAGCAUGGGCCAUGGUGUAGGAGCGAGCCUGCUGGACGUCCUCGUGAUGAGGGAGAAAAACGGCAAGAGGGAGACCAAAGUCCUGAACAUCCUGCUGUUUAUCAAGGUAAAUGUGUGGAAGGCCCUGUUUGGGAAGGAAGCAGAUAAACUAGAGCAGGCCAACGAUGAUGACAAGACCUACUACAUCAUCGAGAAAGAUCCAGUGAUUAAUGCCUACAUAUCGGUGCCGAAAGAGAACAGCACGCUGAACUGCGCGGCCUUCACCGGCGGCAUCGUGGAGGCCAUUCUGACCCACAGUGGAUUCCCAGCCAAAGUUACUGUGCACUGGCAUAAAGGAACCACACUGAUGAUCAAGUUCGAUGCAGCGGUCAUUGCUCGUGACAAGACUCUGGAUGGCAGAUAAGACAGCAGUGGUUUCUAAGCAUUCUGAGGGAAAAAAAAUCACCCUUUUCUCCUAACUGAUACCAAAUUUCCAAUAAGGCUGAGCAUUCCACUGAAGGUCAGGGAGAAAGUUCAGCAGUGUGACUGAGGAAGUGAUGUGAUAGCACAGGUUUAACAACAGAUCACAUGCCACAUUACUACACCAUUAUUACAGUGUUGAAUUUUCCAUACCUUUAUUUAGUGCAGGAUGGAAUGAUCUUCAUCAUUGAUGGAGGAAACUAGGUGGGUUUGAAAUCCUCAAUAGAAAAAAUACAUAGUUUCAAAAUAAAUACUUUGAUAAACACUUUGCCCCUACAAAAGGUAAUGCCGUUCCAGAACCGAUAUCUCUGUUCAAGCUCAACUCGUUCAUUAUAUAUGCAUUUGAUAUGAUAAGAAAAUGUAGUCACUGUAUAAUUCACACUGAGUAUUUUCAUAAUGAUUCAUUUCUGCUGUAAUUGUACUGUAAGUGUUUGGAUUGAAUAUAUUACAUAGAGUUUUACAUUCUUUACAAGUCUAAGUAAAGAUCAUGUGUUUUUUUUUCCACAGUUUUUCUGUGUUCUCCUGGUGUUUUUUUUUUUUUUUUUUUUUUGGGGUGGGGAUUAUUUUUUUUCAACACUUGGUCACUUGAAGCAUUAUGCCGCUAUACACCGAUCAGGCAUGAUAUCAUGACAUUAUAACAUUAUGACUGGUGAAGUGAAUAACACUGAUUAUCUCGUCAUCAUGGCACCUGUUAGUGGGUGGGGUGUAUUAGGCAGUAAGUGACCAUUUUGCCCUCGAUGUUGACGUGUUAGAAGCAGGAACAAUGGACAAGUGUAAGGAUUUAAGUGAGUUUAACAAGAUCCAAAUUGUGACGGUUAGAUGACUGGGUCAAAGCAUCUCCAAAACGGCAACUCCUGUGAGAUGUUCCUGGUCUGCAGUGGUAAGUAUCUAUCAAAAGUGGUCCAAGGAAAAACCAGUGGUGAACCAGCGGCAGGGUCAUGUACGGCAGAGGCUUAUUUUGGCAGCAAAAAACCCAACACAAUAUAAGGCAGGUGGUCAUAAUGUUAUGCCUGAUCGGUGUAUCUUAUUAAUACUUGGAUUACUAUAAGCUUUCACUUCUUUUUUCACAUCACAUUCCUGACUUGAAGUUUUAUUUUUUCUUAAUGAGAGAAAUUUACUGUAUGUGUUUUUUGUUCAUGAAUGGAUUUAUGUUAAUAAAUGUGGCACCUUUGUGAUUGAAAUAA